GUGAGCAAUACAUGGAUAACAUCUAUUAAAUGAGGAAAAAUGAGAGUAUCUAUUCAUAGGAUUACUGCAGGAAUGACAGGAGUCGAAUGGCUUACCAAAGUGCCUGACAUACCAUGCAAAUUAAGUGUUAACUAUUAUUAUUUCAAGAACCCUUCCCCUUCCCAUCUAUAUACUUAUGAUCCUCUCAUCAGCCCCACUUACCUUUUCCCAAGGUCCAGAGCUACACAGCAACGGAGGGACGAGUGGGGAGCAGACAUCAGCUUCCCAUUCCUAGCUCAAGUCAAGGAGUACUUCCACAUUCAGAGGUUUGAAGGACGCUCACCUGCUACCCUCCCAUUUUUUACAGAGAAUGAAAUCAAGGCUGAAAAGGAGACUGAACCAGCCCAGAGCCAGGGGCAGAGGUUCAGGCUAAAUUAGAACCUGCUCCCGACCCCAGUCCGGUCCACUCUAUUUGCUUUAUCUCUGCUGCCUCUCCCUCCAGCGUCCAAGAAACUUAGUUACCCACCAACCCAGUGGGGUGGGCUAGAUGUUAAUCCUGUCCUUGCUUCUUCCCAGAUGAAUGACCUUGAACAAGUCAUGUAAAUUCUCUCAGCCUCAUUUUAAACAUCUUACAGAUAUUAUCCCAAUUGGUAGAUGUUCUUAUUGGUCACACCCUGAGGAAACAAGGCCGAGUUGGGGUACUUGCACAGGAGCAUACAGUCGCUUUAGUACAGGUUAAAAGGGGUAUCUUCGUAAGCAGCUCUCACAGUGCCCCGCAUGCAUUAGGUGCUCCAUAUGUGGUCACUAUUGUUUCUAUUUCCCACACGGAAGUGAGUGACCCUGCAUGACUCCCAGAUGCCCUCCGGCCAGCAGCCAUCCAGCCUGCCGGCCACCACAUCACAUGAGCCAUACUAUCUUUAGCCAGGGAGAUAUUUAUAUCCCCCGGGAAGUUUUUUUCCGCUCUGGGGGAGCCCCAGAGUCGGUGGUGGCCGCUGAAUCCAGGCCCCCGCGGCGGCCCCCCGCCAGACCCGCUCGCCAUGCCGCGGGCCCCAGAGGCCCCCCCAGUGCAAGUGUGGGUGGGCGGCCAGCUCUUCCAGGCCGAGCGGGCCCUGCUAGUGGAGCACUGCGGCUUCUUCCGUGGCCUUUUCCGCUCCGGCAUGCGGGAGACGCGCGCGGCCGAGGUGCGCCUGGGCGCGCUGAGCGCUGGCGGCUUCCACACCAUGCUGCAAGUGCUGCGCGGCGAGCGGCCGGCGCUGGCGGCCGCAGACGAACUGCUGCAGGCCGUGGAGUGCGCCGCCUUCCUGCAGGCGCCAGCGCUGGCGCGCUUCCUGGAGCACAGCCUCACGUCGGACAACUGCGCGCUGCUGUGCGACGCGGCCGCCGUCUUCGGCCUGCACGACGUAUUCCACAGUGCCGCGCUCUUCAUCCGCGACAGCGCGCACGACCUGGCGGCCGAGCUGGCGCUGCCCGAGGCGCGCGCCUACGUAGCGGCGCUGCGGCCCAGCAGCUACGUGGCCGUGAGCACGCACACGCCGGCGCCCGGCUUCCUGGAGGACGCGUCGCGCACGCUGUGCUACCUAGAUGAGGAGGAAGACGCGUGGCGCACGCUGGCCGCGCUGCCCCUGGAGGCCAGCACGCUGCUGGCGGGUGUGGCCACGCUGGGCAACAAGCUGUAUAUCGUGGGUGGCGUGAGGGGCGCCAGCAAGGAGGUGGUGGAACUGGGCUUCUGCUAUGACCCGGCCAGCGGCACGUGGCGCGAAUUCCCCAGCCCGCACCAGCCGCGCUACGACACGGCGCUGGCUGGCUUCGACGGCCGCCUCUACGCCAUAGGCGGCGAGUUCCAGAGGAUGCCCAUGAGCUCUGUGGAGCGCUACGACCCCGCUGCGGGUUGCUGGAGCUUCGUAGCCGACCUGCCGCAGCCGGCUGCCGGCGUGCCCUGCGCCCAGGCGUGUGGCCGCCUCUUCGUGUGUCUAUGGAGGCCGGCUGACACCACGGCCAUAGUAGAGUACACUGUGCAGGCCGACACGUGGCUGCCGGUGGCCGAGCUGCGGCGCCCGCAGAGCUACGGCCACUGCAUGGUGGCCCACCGCGACAGCCUCUAUGUGGUGCGCAAUGGACCUUCUGACGACUUCCUACACUGCGCCAUCGACUGCUUCAGCUUGGCCACGGGCCAGUGGACGGCGCUGCCUGGCCAGUUUGUCAACAGCAAGGGAGCUCUCUUCACAGCGGUGGUGCGCGGCGAUACAGUCUAUACGGUCAACCGCAUGUUUACGCUGCUCUAUGCCAUCGAGGGUGGCACCUGGAGGUUGCUCAGGGAGAAGGCCGGUUUCCCAAGGCCCGGCUCCUUGCAGACCUUUCUUCUUAGGCUGCCUCCUGGCGCCCCGGGGCCUGUGGCCUCCACGACACCAGAACUGUGACCCUGGGCUGGUCUUAGGAGGGGAUAUCCGGGAGUCUUCGCUGAGCCAUGGCAGAGUCUAUAAAGCCGGCCUUUGGAGCUGUGUGGAACUUCUGUCUCCCUGGUUGAGACAUCCAGGUCUUGGGCAUUCUGGUGAUAUGAACAUGUCCAAGAAAUUCAAAGAGUAAGGGCGACGCCAGCGUCUGAGCCCUCAAAUUACUUGGGCUCUGCUGAGAGAUGGUGGGUCACAAUGCCAGUGAGGGGGUAGGAUUUCAGUAAUUCAGGCUUGUAUGUGAAUGGGCCAAUAAUUGAGAAUGGCUAGGAGUGAGUUAGGUGAUGUUAAUCGAACUGCCAGUCAGUAGGCAAAAAUCAGGCACCUACUGUGUGCCCAGCACAGUGUUAGGCUUAAUGUAGCUGUAGUUGCCAGAGGGGUCCACAAAGCCCUAGAGUCUAAUCCAAGACAACAAAAGGUUUACACACACUUGUCUUGAUCCACGAGGGCUAAAGGCAACAGGCAAAACAAAAACCCUCACAAUGGAAUAAAACAAAAUAUUGAAGAAAUCCGGGCAAAGGGAAAAUAAGGAGAGGAAAGAUGUAACUGCAGGAAGGAGGAUCGUAUACAAAGUGUAUGGAGAAGACAGGCAGGACAAUUAGCUGCUGCAGGGGAGGCUCAGAAGGUGCAGACAGAGCUCAGAAGAGGAGAUGGGGGAAAGCUGGGGCAGGUGGCAAGAGGCUCUGAGACCCCAGCCUUUAAGGUGGAACAGCUGUAGAUGGAGGCAUUUGGGGAGGAGGCAAGGCUGGGAUGGCUUGCAGAGACAAUAACUGAGUUAAACCUGAAGUGAGAUGUGGAGUGGGGGUAGGGUUCCCCAUACCCCCUUACACGAUGUGGACUGGCAGGGGAGAGCUCAUUUGCAAGCCCCUUGCCCACUUACUUAUUUACCAUCACCCUUCAGGCAGUGGAUUAUUAACUUCCAUGACUGUAGGUUACUCAAGGUAGGAGCCCAGUCCUGGCUGGGUCUCACUGUCACAUCUCCCUCAGUUGUAUCCCUCCUCCACCUUCUGCAGGUUCAUUCUCCUCUAGCCUCUGCUCCUGCCAUUCUCUGGGCCUGGAAUGCCUUUCCUCUCCACCCCUCACCCUUCUUUUGGCUCUGUACCCACCUCCUCUGUGCAGGGUUGGCUGUUCCUGACCUUGGCUACCUGCAUUGCUCAUUGGACCCCUUACUGACAUCAUUCUAUGUGUGAAGCCAUGCAUGUGUGCAGAUGGCAAGCGCAGAGAUCCUAUUGUGCUGUCAACUGACCUGAGCACUUUCCCACCUACAGAAUCAAAUAAUGAGGUCCUGAAAGAACCUCAGGCUGUAGAGGCUGUACUCCUUAGGAACCUGGUGUUGGAUGAGGACUCUUGUGCCUUCUUUAGAAUAUUCCUACCCUGAUUUCUGGUCAGAUGUCCUCCAGCUUCUCCAUGCCCUUGGGCAGACUUCUCUGGGUGUCCCAAAUGGUCUCCAUCCUCUUGGACCUGAGACCCAGAGGAGAUCCUAACCUCAUCACAAGCCUAGAAUGCAGCGUCAGCAUGGAGCCUAGCAUUAGGGCUGCUCUAGCUGCCUUUUUCCCUGACCUAUGUCCCAGGCCCUGGAGAAUGCUGCCCUCAGAAGCCCAGGACCUGCUUACCCUGGAAUAGCCUAAUCUGAUGAAUCACAUCAAUAAAUCCUGAUUUUUGCA